AUGGCCGCCGUUUCUCCUCCUUCCUCUGGGAAGAAGCCCAUGGUGCCUCGCUUCAAUACCAACUGCUGUGGCGAUCAGCACUCGCGCGACUCAUCGCCAUCCUCGUGUGGCACUCCCGACGGUUCCAGCUCGAGGCGUCCAUCCUUUGGUUCUAUCAAAGAAGACGUCGACGGCAUUGCGCAGUCAUUCGUGGACACCCAGCAGCACACGCCCUCCCAGAAGGAACCGCGCAAACUGGACCUCCCAGAGAUGCAGCAGACUCCGGACUUUUGUUGGGCGUGGGAAACUACCGAUUCCGGGAGAGAACUGAAGGCGCCUCAGGUUCCUCCUGUCGUGGAACAGGAACUACCACCAUCGCCUCCUCCCGGCACAUCCGCCCUUGAGCAACUUCCGCCCGAGGUCCUUGAUCAAAUCAUCUCGCUCCUGGCCCUGGAUGUCCCACCCAAUGGCUAUACCCCGCGCAAUGUCGACCUGAUCUCGUGCCUGCUUGCCUCACGCACGUUGCACGCGGCGACCUUGAGUGUGUUAUACAGGAACAUGACCUUCCCGCAUUCCGGCGUCUUCGCGAAGGCUCUUAAUCAUAUGUCGCAGUAUCCUGCGCUAGGCACCCUGGUGCGCCGCCUGGAUUUCUCGCACUUUACCAACGUCGGUUUUAGUCGCUCGAGGCAGAUGAACGCCGAGAUUCAGAACCUCACUUCGCGCACUCUGAUGCAGUGCCUGGAUCUAUUGCCUAAUCUGAAGGAAUGUCUGUUGCAAGAGCACCUCGAGGGGGAUUUCAGCGUAGACAUCCUUCGGAAAUUAUUCAUGGAUUUGCCGAACCUUCGUGCUCUAGAUUUCUGUGGCUGCGCCACCCAGGCUUUCUCCCAGAAGAUUACUGAGGCUCUUACUGGCGGACCGCCGUUGCCCAUGAGCAUGCCCAACCUGCAACGCCUGUCGUUCCACGAAUGCAGCACCAUCCCGGCACCCCUCUUCGAUACACUUCUGUCGCGUCUGACCAACCUGACGCACCUAGACCUAACUCAUACCCAGGUCAAUGACUCUGCUCUGUUUGCCAUCCCUGAAACGGCUCGUAUCACACAUCUGAGUGUUUCCCGAUGCACCCGACUUCGUCCGUCUGCCCUGGUGGAGUUUUUGACCACCCACCCCGCAGUCCGUGACUCCCUGGUGUUCCUCAACCUCAUGACGGACCCUACCCGCUUCCGCCUACUGGAAGAGGAUGACGUGACAGCGCUGCUACCCCGGCUUCCUCGGACUCUGCGCUCUCUGAACUUAGGAGGUGCCAAAGUCACUUCCGACCAUGCUCCUUUGCUCGUCCCCCUGACCAAGCACUUGGAGGAACUGAGUCUGGCCUCGGCUGAUAUUUCUGUGGCUGAUGUGAACUCGUUCUUUGCUCGCACUCGCCAGACUGAGUCCGGUGCUGAGGAAAGUCUACCCCCGAGCACUCUCUGCUACCUCGACCUGACCAAGGUUUCUUCAAUGACCAUCGCGUCCAUCUUCAACACAAACACCUGUUCCCUCUUGUCUGACCAGAGUUACCCGCUGCAAGUUGUCGAAUUUGUUGAUAGGAUCAUCAACCCGCUUCGCGAGCGAGCGAAGACCCAGCGAGUCUCGGUGGGUUGGACCGUGCGGGAGCUCGGUCGCCGUGGCUGGUACGUCCGUGAUCGGUGGUCUGUUCCUAAUGAGCCUAUCGACGAUGGCUCUCGCUCCUGGAAGAUGGGCGCCAGAUGGUGGGGCAUGCGCAAGAUCCCCAUGGCCAUUGGCGACGUUGGUGGCAUCUACGGCCACUACAUGUUCAAGAAAUGA